ACAUAAACAUAAAAUUACCCUAAUAAUAAGUAAAUAAAUGCUUUUUAUUUUCCUGACUAACUAAAUCUUUUGGCAGAGUACUCAUAAGACAUUGCUUUUGAAAAGAAUUCCAGGUGUUCCCUAUCGCACUGGUAUAUGGCGCUUAAAUGACCAAAAUUGUGUCGAUAGUGCCGUAAAACAUCUACUCAAUCAAAGCACUGGUAUAGACUAGGCUUUGAAUAAUCUAAUACCUGCUGUACGUUAAUUAAGCGCUCUGAUUUAAACGUCAUUAGUUUGAAUAUUUCGUUAAGCUUUUGCAGGGAGAGGGGCUGGAUGAAGAUUCACCUCCGCUGAAAGUAAAAGUGACACGAUGGCGUCUACUACACUUUGGAUUCUGCUGUUUUUGCUCGCUGUAAAGGCAGAGCAGAUAUGUGUGAGGUGGACACUGUACAAGUGUGAGCGCCCAUGGUGUGAAGCAGGCACUUUUUCCAAGGAGAAAUAUGGGUACUUGGCCAUGCCAAAAGGUCACGAGGAAGUAACGGCGUUCCAGGAAGGGUUAGCAAGUCUGAAUCUACAUUUCAGAUGCCACAGAUGUGCAUUUCUGAACUUGAUCAAGCAUGGAAGCCAGUGUGUCGACGGAAUGUCGUUGUCACCAAUCAAAGAAUCGAACUGUUACACUGUCUUGAAGACGCAGAAUGAAAACCGUGGAGGCGGGAAAAUUUGUAAAAACAACGGUCAGAAUCAAAAGGUCAUUCCCAUCGAAUGUGACGACAAAAAAUAUUUUUUCUGCCAGACGAAAGGUAAGAAGUUUCACUGA